AUGUCGACAGUUGCAAAUAAGCUGGGAGUUACCUUAAAUGAUCAUGACAUAGUAUUUGCGGAGCGUGUUGGUCGCCAUUCGAGUAAUCUACUUCGAGAGGUGCAAACAGGGAAUCAAAACCGUAUAGAGGCACGUCCCCUAGUUGUACAUUUAGCACGCCGCAUCACUCGUGACAUCCUACUGAAAAAUGCACGUGUGCGCCGUACGAUCACCACUGUAGAUCUAGGGUUACCUUAUAAAGAAACAACCAAGUUUUAUGUUAAUGAGAGGCUAACGAAACCAAAUCGUGUGCUAUUUGCUAAAGCACGUGAAACGGCCCAAAAAUUAAAAUGGAAAUUCGUGUGGACAAAAGAUGGCCGAGUUUAUGUCAAGAGAGGAGAUUCUUUUAACGCUCCGGUACGCGUCAUCUACUCAGAAGACGACUUUACGCGUAUUUUUGGUGAGCCAUAUUCCAAAUCAGUUAAAUGA